CAUGGAGCCCAACAGCACUGCCGAGCUCAGACGAUGGUUCACCGGCACCUUCUAUGGCGGUUUUAUUCACUUGCUCGUCUCUUUCCUAUGCCUCCACCAUCACGCAAAUUCGGACUCUGCCAUCACGCAAAACACUAUCGAUGCUGACACUACGACCGUAUCUUGUCCAUUUUCGCUGGCCAUUGACGUGGAGUCGCUACUUGGCGAAUCGUCCCUCGUUGACCUGCAGUCGUGGUCGGAAAGGCAGCUGAUUUGCACUUUACACUGGAUCUUCCCCAAUUCAAGCCCAAUUCCCGAUGUCCUUCGACAUCUUCCUUACUUGAAAAGCCUUCUACCUGCAGACACACUGCUAACGCUAGCUUUCCGAGGACCUAAUGUCUAUGGCGUUACCCGUAAUCGUCAGGAAAGUUGGAGUGUUGAGUGGAAUAAGUUAAUCCAGAUGGGGCACUUGGUAAUUAGGCAUCUCCCGUGCUUGUUUUCUCCACGUAUGACCCUCGGGGACAAAUAUCUAAGGGCAUCAACGUAUCUUUCAACCCGCGCAUUUCCAUCCACGCUUCUAUCUCGAUCUCCUACGCUGCAGAUCACCUCCUCGAGUUAUCCGUUCAUGCUUCCGGGUCCUGUCUCUUGGUGCACGACAUAUCCGGAAGCAAGUACAGAAGCAAGGGAUGACUCGGUCACCAUUUCCGUCAUUCCGCAUACCACGACGCCUCUUGGCGAAGAAGUCUUCAACAACUAUGGGCUCAAAGCGAACGACGAGUUGAUCCUCGGAUGUGGCUUCUCGCUCCCACAAAAUCCGGAUGUCAAAAUUACGCUACGGCUAGGUGAGUCCUGUAACAAGUGGGCGAUCGGUCGUCAUACAAGCGUGAGACGAUUGGUGGCUGAAACCCCGGAGGAGAUAGGGUAUGAAGAAGAUUUGGAAGCAGCACAGCUGUUGUUGGAAAUGGUUCAGAAGAAGUGCGAUUUACUUCCCGAUUUCCCGGACGAGGACGACGCUGGCAUAGGCCCGGUGGUGAGACUGAUGCUCAAACAUUACCUAGAAGGUCACCGGGAGAGACAAGAGGCCGCGAUAGAGGCCGCAAGGGACGAAGGCAUUAAAUUAGUAUUUGAUGAUGACUGAAUAUAGAGAACUU